GUAAAGUGUCGCUCAUUCGACUCUAAGGUAUUUUCCUCGAUACUGAUAUAUCGACACUUAUUAUUUCGAUAUUCCACGUUCAUAUUGUUUCAGUAAAUCUCUUGUUCAUGUUGUUAAAAAGAAAACAAGAUGGGCAAGCCAAAAAAGGGCAAAAAAAAUCGAACAGACGACGAUUGGUCGGAUAAAGAAGAUGUCGAGUUAGAUCAUGGCAUUAUCUUAAAUGGUAACGACGAGGAGGAAAGCAUUGUCACUGUAAAAAAGAAUAAAAAAGCAAAGAAAAAUAAUAAAGUCUUACAACUGCUGAAUGAUGACGAUGAUGAUGUUGAAAACGAAAUUGACGAUAUCGAUGAUGAUCCUCCAACUAACAAUGUCAAAAAAUCUAUGUCAGCCUUCUCAAUGUUGAAUGAUGCUAUUGACGAAGAUGACGAUAAUGUUAGCCCAUCCGAAGAAAUUAAGGAGACGCCAAAACCAGACAAAAAAAAGAAAACGAAAGAAAAAGAUAAUGCUGAAACUAAUAACGAUUUAGAAGAUUUACAAAAAAGUGAGUCUCAAUCUAAAAAGAAAAAAAAGAAAAAAGGGAAAGAAAAAGAAAAAGAUGAUGAAGAUGAUCUGGAUGCCAUUUUAGCUGAGAUGGGGAUCAAAAGUGCGGAACCUAGCGCUGAAGUAGAGGCUAAAGAAGAAGAAAAGGCAAGAAAGAAGAGGGAAAAGAAGGAACGACAGAAAAAAGAGAAGGAACAGCAAGCAAAAAAACAAGAUGAACCUAAACCUGCAGAAGAACCCAUACCAGAAGAAGCGGAAGAUAAAGAAAAAAGUAAAAAAAAGAAGAAAGAUAAGAAAAAAAAGGAAGAAAAGAAAGAAGAAGAGCCAAAGAAGAAGAAAAGUGCCCAAGUAAAAGCUAUUUUAGAGCUACAGGAAAAAAAGAGGCAAGAAGAGGAACGGCUUAGAAAGGAAGCUGAAGAGGCAGAGAAAAGGCUAGAAGAAGCUUUGAGACUUAAAGAAGAACAAGACAAAAAAGCUGCUGAAAAGAAAGAGAAACAAAAAAUGAAGGAUAAAUUGAAGAGAGAAAGGCAGAAAGCAAACAGGCAAAGCAAGGUUUCGGAGAGAGCCCUGGCAUCAUUUGGUAUAACUGGAAAGGAAAAAGAAAAUCGAGAAGAGGAACCUAUCAAAAGGAAAAAGCCAAUCUACACUAAAAAGAAGAAGCCGCAGCAAACUCCUACAGAAGAAAAACUUCCCGCUAUUCCUGUUACUGUUGUUGAAGAGCCAAAGGACAAAACACCUGCAGAGGAGAAAGAAAAAUCUCCCGAAAUUCCUUCCUCUGAUAAAAUUGAUGAAAAUGAAGAUGUUAAAGAGGAUUGGGCUGAGUCCUCAGACGACGAAAAGACACCUCCAGUUUCUGAGAAAGUUAAUAAAAAAUCAGUGAAAAUUGUUGAGCAGAAGUCUGUGGAUCGACAAGAGUCUUCCGAAGAAUCUUCAGACGAGAGUUCCGAAGAGGACGAAGAGAGCUCUGAUGAAGAUUGGGAAGAUGAUGCUAUGAAGGGUAUGACAUCAAUAGAGAGAGGCAAGGAGAGAGUAAAGAGAAAGCAUUUUUACUAUGAAGACAAAAGGAAGACUGAUGUAUUACGUGCUCCAGUUGUGUGCGUUUUAGGCCACGUAGACACUGGCAAAACAAAAAUACUUGAUAAACUUCGUAGAACUAAUGUUCAAUUGGGAGAAGCUGGUGGUAUCACCCAACAGAUUGGUGCAACAAACGUACCAAAGGCAGCUAUUUUAGAUAAAACUAAAAUGUGUAAGAACUUUACAAAGCAGGAACUGAAGCUACCUGGCUUACUAAUCAUAGAUACACCUGGCCACGAAUCGUUUUCAAACUUAAGAGAUAGAGGAAGCAGUUUAUGUGAUGUUGCAGUUUUAGUUGUUGAUAUAAUGCAUGGCCUUGAACCACAAACAAUUGAGAGUAUUGAGUUAUUAAAAAAGAAAAAAACUCCGUUCGUGAUAGCUCUAAACAAAAUUGAUCGUUUGUAUGACUGGAGACCAAAUCCUAAUACAGAUGUGGUUAACACUUUAGCAAAAAUGCAAACACAUACAAAACAUGAAUUUGAGGAAAGAUGGAAUCAUUCUUAUGUUCAGCUGAUGGAGCAAGGUUUAAACGUUGCUCUCUUUCAUGAAAAUAAAAAUCCUGAAGAAUACAUUUCUGUUGUACCAACCAGCGCUCACAGCGGGGAUGGAAUGGGAAAUUUAUUGGCUUCAAUAUGUGAAUUAGGACAAAAUCAGAUACCCAAAGAAUUGGCUGUAUCUGAGGAAUUAUGUGCUUCAGUUAUGGAAGUUAAAGAACAACACGGGUUGGGCACAACCCUAGAUGUAAUUUUGCUUCAAGGUCAAUUGAAAGAAGGAGAUUGUAUAAUUUUAGCUGGGUCAGAUGGACCCAUAGUCACCCAAAUACGUGGCCUACUGAUGCCACAACCUCUGAAGGAACUUCGCGUUAAAAGCAGUUAUGAAAGGCAUAAAAUAGUUAAUGCUGCUCAAGGCGUAAAAAUUAUUGCCAAAGAACUAGACAAAGCCUUGGCCGGUUUACCACUAUAUUCAACAAAAAAUCCGGAUGAGAUCGAAUAUUAUAAAUCUCAUUUAUCAAAGAUGCUACAAGAUGUUUUAAGUGAAAUAAAACUAUCGGAGCGAGGUGUUUACGUUCAAGCCUCAACUCUAGGCUCCAUGGAGGCUUUGCUAAAAUUUUUCAGAGAUUCGAAAAUUCCGUAUGCUGGUAUAAAUAUUGGACCUCUACAUAAGAGAGAUGUCGUAAAAGCAUCAACAAUGCUUGAACAUGAUCCUCAGUGGGCAUGUAUACUUGCUUUUGACGUUAAGGUUGAAAGAGAAGCUCAGGAGUUAGCGGAUUCUGUUGGUGUAAAAAUUUUCACCGCUGACAUAAUAUAUCACUUGUAUGAUUCUUUUAAUAAGUAUCUUGAUGAUUUGAAAAAGAAACGAAGAGAAGAACUAAAAGAUGUAGUUGUAUUCCCAAGCAAGCUAAAAAUAUUACCACAAUAUAUAUUUAACAAGAGAGAUCCUAUUGUUAUGGGUGUAAUCAUUGAAGCGGGCACCCUGAAAGUUGGUACUCCUCUGUGUGUUCCCACUAAAGAAUUUUGCGAACUCGGAAGAGUGGUAAGCAUAGAAAAAUCCCAUUCUAACGUUGAUUCUGCGAAGAAAGGAGACGAAGUCUGUAUAAAGAUAGAACCUCUUCCUGGUGUUGCUCCUCGAUUGUAUGGGCGUCAUUUUGAUGCAGAAGAUAUGCUUGUGUCUAAAAUAUCACGUGAUUCUAUUGAUGCACUUAAAGAAUGUUUCCGAGAAGAAAUGCAAAAAAGUGAUUGGGUAUUAAUUGUGGAAUUAAAGAAAGUCUUUUCUAUUAUUUAA